AUGGCGAGCGAAGGACCCCUCGACAAGGAUUCGUCCCGGCCGGACUUCGAAACUGAAGUCGUCGUCGUAGGCACUGGACCUUCCGGAGGUUCUGUUGCUUCUUUCCUUGGAUCAUAUGGGAUCAAAGGUAUCAUGAUUGGAGCGACAUCCACAACAGCAGAAACACCGCGAGCCCAUAUUACGAAUAUGGCAGCACUGGAAUGUCUCCGCGACAUUGAUCUAGAGGAUGAAUGCCGCAAGCUGGCCAGCCCAAAGGAGAGCAUGAUGCAUACCCUGUGGGGAUAUAGCAUGGCAGGAGAGGAGUACGCACGACUCUACUCAUGGGGAAACGGUCCAGCAUUGGAAGCCAAAUACAAGGAAUGCAGUCCUUGCGACCCGGUUGAUCUCCCACAGACUCAGCUGGAACCUAUCCUCGUGCGCAAGGCAACGACGAGCGGAUUCAUAUGUCGCUUCAACACCGAAUUUGUCAGUUUCGAGGACCAUCACAAGGGCGAUUUUGUUGACGUCUUGGUAAAAGACAUCGUCUUUAACUCUUUUUACACAAUACGGUGCAGAUACCUCUUUGGUGCAGAUGGUGCACGAAGCAAAAUCAUCACGCAACUUGGAAUGCCUCUCAAGCAAAAGCCUGGAGGAGGUCUCGCAUGGAACGUACUCGUCAAGGCAGAUCUUAGCAAGCAUGUCCAGUACCGAAAGGGAAACUUGCACUGGUGUUACCAGCACGAUAUCGACCAUCCUGACUUUGCCUGGAUCGGAUUUCCUCGCAUGGUGAAGCCAUGGUACGAAUGGGUCUUCAUCAUGUUUCCAGUGCAAGGAUAUCAACCUGAUCCCCCGCCCACCGAAGAGCAGUGGAUGAAGCGAAUCAAACAAAUAAUCGGCGAUGAUUCCGUCGAAGUCAAAAUCUUGAACAUCAGCAAGUGGAUGAUCAACGAUAUCGUCGCCGAAAAGUACUCGAAGGGGAAUGUGUUCUGCCUCGGCGAUGCUGUCCAUAGACAUCCACCGUCCAACGGCCUAGGUUCUAAUACCUGCAUCCAAGAUGCAUAUAAUCUUGCCUGGAAGAUUGCCUACGUUCUGAAAGGUCUUGCCGGGCCGGAGUUGCUGGAUUCAUAUGACAAGGAACGGCAGCCUGUGGGCGAAGCUAUUGUUGACCGAGCAUUUCAAGGCUACCUUGAUCACCUCCCUCUCUGGAAAGCUGCGGGUAUUCUAGCUCCCGAUGCUGCCACACGGGUAGCAGAAUUUGGAGAGCUCUCUGCUGCCACAGCAGCAGGCCGAGACCGUCGUAAAGCAUUUUUCGAGGCGAUCCACGGAACAAGGUUCGAGUUCCAAGGAGUGGGUAUCGAGAUGAAUCAACGAUAUCAAUCAUCGGCGGUCUACACAGUCGAUCAAGGGCCAAUGCCAUCGUUCAAGGGAGAUCCCGUCCUCGACCAUACAAAGUCGACGUACCCGGGAUCGCGUCUUCCUCACGUCUGGCUAAAUAAGGCUAUUCCUGCGAAGCCCACACCACUGCUCGACUUGGCUGGUAAAGGACAGUUCACCGUCCUGACCGGCAUUGGCGGAGAGCCAUGGAAGCAGGCAGCAACCAAAGCAAGCAAAGCUCUUGGAAUUCCAGUUGCUGCCUAUUCAAUCGGCUUCAGGCAGGACUAUGAAGACGUGUACUUCGAGUGGGAGAAGGUGCGAGAGAUUGAAGAAGACGGCUGCAUUCUGGUCAGACCAGACAGAUUCAUCGCAUGGAGGAGCAUGGGACUCCUUGAUCGUCCCGAAGAUGCCCUACUGCAAGUAUUACGAACAGUUUUGUCACGCAAGGGCAACGAGCCCAACGGUCCAGUCAGAUAG